AUGGGCGCCUCGACGCAUGCAAAGGUCGCUGGCUAUGCAGCCAGUCUUACAGCUUCGAUCACGGAAAAGGAUGGUCUUACAAAGCAGACGGCAGAGCUGGAGAGAAGGUUGGUGGCAGACCAGCAGAAGGUUGUGGAGCUACAAGAACUGAACAACACUGCGCAAAGCGAUCGAGUGCAUUUACAGGCCAAGGUCGAAAAACUCGAACAGCGCAAUUCGAUCUGCGAGGGUCGACUGGAGGCCCGCGAGCAAGAGAAGACGAGACUUGUCUGCAGCCUGUCUGCCCUGGAAAAGAAAGCGUCGACGGCCCAAACUGAGGUUGACGAACUUGGCGCAUCCAAGGGUGCAAUGUCUCAAGAAAACAGCACCCUCCAAUCGAAGCUCGAAUGUGCAUACCUACAACACUACACCCUUGAGAAACAAGUCAAGGAUCUACGAGCAGAUCUGGCAAAGCCGUAUAGCAGUUCUGAUAAGAUGGACACUCUCACAGACGAAAUUCAGUAUUUGCAGCAAAGCAACGCCAGCCUUCAGGGCACAUUGGACAGUGCCUUGAACGACGAGAAGAACUACACGGAGCAAAUCUUAGCUCAACAAAGUGUGAUAGACCACCUGAGCACGCACAACGAUCAGCUUCUAGCAGACAAUCGUGACAAAGAUGACGAAUUGAAAUGCCUGAACUCACUCCUGGGGAAAGACAACAACGAAGCGGGUGAACUUCGAAUGAAGGUAGAGAACCAGCAGAAACGGAUCAAUGAUUUCAAUAAGGAUCUCGGCAUGAUACACGACCUUCGUCGGCAGGAGAAGGUAGCAGAAGCCGAGGCAGCGAAGAGCUCAGCAGAACAGGAGGCUCUACGCCAGCAGGUGCGCGACAUGACUGCUCAGACAGCAGACAUCGCGAAGUUCAAGCUCGAGCACGACAGACUUCGAGCGCAGACUGCAGAAACCGCCCGUUCGAUUACGCGCUCUGCUAAGAAGGAAUGCGAACUGCGUACUAAGCUUAGUGCACUCGAGCGCUCCAGAACAGAGCUCUACGAGCUCGCCUGGGCUGGAAUAGAGCACCUAUUGUCCUACGGGGAGGACUACACCUACAUCUUCGCCAACAGGUGGCAGCUGGCCGAGGCGGACGCUUCUGCCCGCAGCGCUGAGGUCUUAAAACUCCAAAGUCGCAUUCGGGAUUCCGAGCAAACUUUGCAACAUCGCAACGAGGAGGUAUCGCGUCUCAAUACUCAGCUGGCAGAAUUCGCAAGCCUUCAAGAUGAGAUCCCGUUGCUCAAGCGAGAUCUCGCGGAGAAAGAGACGUCUCUUGAGGUGCACGUAUCCCAAAAGAACAAGCUGCGCCCGGAACUUGACGCGUGCAGGCAGAAGCUUGGCUUAGCAAAAGAAGAGAUCCAGAUGCUGCGAACCGAAAAUAGCAGGAUCAAUGGACAGCUGGCUCAGGCGCAAUCUAAUGCAGAAGUGGCACAAAACAAGGUCAAAGCGCUUGAUGUGCAACUAGCAGCGCUGCAAGCGAGCCUUGAGACAACUCGUCAGACAGAGCUCGAGCUUAAGGAGACGGUCCCCAAGCUGAAGGCGAGCGAGGUCAACCUAUUGCCACGCAAUGCUAGCCAGACGGUCGUCGCCCAGAAGAGGUACGCUAGCCGUGGAUACGUGGAGAAUGACAUCUUUGGCGCCGAGAACAAUCCCACUGCACUGAGCGAGCAGCACUGGAGAUCUAUGGAGCGCCUAUAUCAAGAUGUGCCUGAUCGCCGAGUCAACAUUUGGAUCAAUAAUCGUGUGCUGCCGCGCGGCUACCAGCGACUCUGUAAUGGCAACUGCGCAGCAGAAGCUACAGAAUCAAGCAGUCAAGCAUAUUUACCUUCAGGGCUCGAGUUGAUGAGUGAUGAGCUCGGUUCUGGUAAACACUGGAACCUGACAGCGAUAGACUUCACUGGAGAGAAACUGCAUACGCCUUACCCAGAGGACUACUUGGCAUUGGAGGCCAUUCUAUGUCCUGUCAUCCGAGGAAGCGGAGAAGGUAAUGACUCAGCACAAGAAGCCAUGGAGUCCUUGUCACAGUGUGCGGAGCCAGAGACGGUGUCAUUGCCUCCUCCUCCGAUACGAGAUGUGUUGACUCUCGCGAGCAACUUUGAGCAGGCUGAGGACGAUACGUUGUUUUUACCCGAGGAAUUGGACGUUCCGGCAAACGAUGUCCGUGAGCCAGGAGAGUGGUCAUCGAAUGCUUGCCCUCUCGCUGCAGAAGAGUCUGCAGAGCUGCAGCAUCAAAGAGGACAAUCGGAUUCUGUGGUGAACAAGCAGCCUCACUUCGUACCGCCCCCGCCGGCCCUUUCUCGAUCAGAACAUGCGUCACGUUCCAGGGUACAGCUGGUUAACGACUACUUCGGGCAGCAUGGCGUGAGCCGUAUUCAUACGGAUCUAGGCUCGACCACAAGUACACAGUCACUCCCAACUCCUCUACAAACACCGGGAAAGCAACGCCCGACCAAAAGCGUGAGAUGGACAGAGGAAGUGGCUGCUCCAUCUGAUGUGCUUGCGCGAGCGCCCAAACAACCACGAAUGUUCCGAGACUCAGACCAGCAGCAUGCAGAAGAACUCAGGCAGGACAGCAUAUCAGGGACGACAACGAUAUCGCCGGAUCGCGAUCGCAGACGCCCUGUGUAUGAGAGUAUCGGUACGAGAGAGGAGGCUGCCUGA